AUGACACUCUCAUUGGACGAAGAAGUACGAUUGUACACCUCAAAUGCGGAAAGAGAAAAGUAUGAAUCGAUGGCGACGCUCUUUGGAAUCAUUGUCGCACUCGAUUACCUCGAACGCGCCUAUGUGCGAGAUGCCGUCCCAGCGAGCGAGUAUGCACCCAAAUGUGUGCAGCUAUUGGGGAGAUACAAGACAAUGUGGGGACUUGUCAGCGGAAAAGAAUGGGUUGGUGGCGACGUGGAGGAAUUUAUGAAGCGUUAUCGAAUGGAUAAUCAAGCCGCACUGCAUCGUUUGCGUGUUGGUGUCCCUGCCACUGUCGAGCACGCCACUCAGAACGAAGCGCAGACUGCGAAAUGGGUCGCAGAGACAACUCAGUCGUUUAUCAACUUUAUGGACGCUAUCAAACUCAAGUAUCGGGCAAAGGAUCAGCUGUAUCCUAUGCUACAGGAGCUGAUGACUGGAUACGCUCGAUUCAAAGGCAGCAAGGAAUGGGAAGGACGUGGGAAGAUGGUAUCAUGGUUGAUUAUGCUCAAUGGUAUGAAGGCAGCAGAUGAACUCGACGAGGAGCAACUACGCCAGCUCAUGUUCGAUAUUGAGCACGCAUAUGCAGAGUUCUUCCGCAGCCUCGGAGGAUCCAAGGACACGCCAUAA